AUGUGGGAAUUGUUUGCCCUCACAAUCCUCCCCUUAAACCAAGAUCACCAGACCAAGACCACAUGUCCACCCCUUGUUACAGGUCACCAGGUCACCACAGGUCUUGAUCGAGCUCACGCAAAGACAUUAGAGAACUUGCAAGCACAAACCACCGUUGAAGUAAUCCUAGCACUCCUUGACCGAAUGCUACUGGAUCACCAAGCAUUGAAAUUGAAAUGCAUUCUUAUUCAGCAAAAAGUGUUUAAGGCUGUUGAUGGUUCUUUGCCUGAUGACACUCCUCAAGAAAAACUGGAUGAGAUGAAUGAGUUGGCUAGAGCUGCUAUUGUACUCAAUCUGUCUGAUUUUGUAAUUAGGAAAAUUGAUCAUAUUGAGUCCGCUUCUGAAAUGUGGAAACACCUUGAUACUUUGUUUACUGAAACUUCUAUGUCUUCAAGGAUGCACUUGCUCGAAAAUUUGUUCAAAUUUAAGCUUGACUUGUCCAAGGAUAUUGAUGAUAAUGUGCAUAGAUUUCAGAAGCUUGUGCAGAAUAUUAAAAGAUCUGGUGAUAAAACUAUUGAUGAAUACACUAGUAUUGCUCUAAUAAAUGUCAUGCCUGAUUCUUACAGUGAUGUGAAAGCUGUCAUUAAGUAUGGCAGAGACUUUGCCCCUCUGGACUUGAUUAUUAGCUCCCUAAAAUCUAAAGAACUUGAAUUAAGGGAAAUGGCUGAUGAUAAAAAUGCUUUUAACAAGGCUCUGAUACCACUGUUGGGAAUCGGCGGUGCAUACUCGAAUUCCACAUUGGUAUGA